GUGGGUAAGCGCCAAACUCAUCCAGGACAUCAUCAUCAUCAUCAAGAAUCGUGGAAUCCGUCGCAGACGCAACGCUCCGCCCAGAACGUCCGCCUUCCCCGAGGGUUCGUCGAGCUUCCCGACGGCUUCGUCAGCGGGAAACGCCGCCACACACUGUCAGUCUGCGAGGACGCUGGUAUACGCCGCACGGUUAAGCCCCGGUACCGCCAUAGUAGCUUCAGCGCGAUGGCUAUCACCGUGGGAACCCAGUGCUGCUUCAUCUUUGUCAUGCUCGUCUUCAUAAUCGCGACCAUCAUGUCUGCUUCGAUCUAUAGCUACGUAUACACCCAGCCUUUUAUCCACUAUCCCAGCGAACCUUGGGAGUACCGUGACUGGGCGGUUGUCAGCGAUUCCGAUCGAUGCGCCGAAAUAGCCAAGAAAAUUAUAGGAGACCACGGCAGCAUUGGCGACGCCGCCGUGUCAGCCCUCGCCUGCAUGGCCGUCUUGCUACCGCACCGAUGCGGACUCGGCGGAUCCCUGGUGGCCCUCUACUACGACCGGUCGACUCGCUUGGUAACAGCUCUAGACGCCGUGGGUGUGGUGUCUACGGAGGCCGACUCAUCGUUCUUCAAAGAUAACUCGACGCUCGCCAGCUACGGUCGCAUGGCGCCCAUCGUGCCAGGAGCCGUAGCGGGCAUGCACGCCAUCCACAAGAAGCUCGGCAAACUGAACUGGCCCAGCGUGUUCGGCCCCGCUAUUGCGCUCGCCCAGCAAAACUACCCGAUUGGGCCGCAUUUCGCCAAAGCCUUACGAAGGAACGAGAAGCGAAUCGAACCUUUCUAUGGACGCUUGUUCUCGAAAGUUAAGAACGUGGAGUACCUGAAACUAAGUAAAGGCCUUUACCAACUGCUGUAUGACGUGGCUAACAAAGGCUGGAAAUUCUUCUACACUGGGAAACAUGCCAGGCGGCUGGUGAACGACCUCGCGCGUGGCUCGGGUUUCAUCACACUUGAAGAUUUGGACCACUACGAGGCGCACUGGGUGCAGCCGCUAGUCUUCGACAUGAAAACCCACAAGACCGUCUAUGGCGUACCCGUCCCUGGCGGUGGAGCGUUGCUGGGGCCUAUCUUGGAUAUAAUGGACAUCACGAGACGCAGCUGAAAGCCUUUGGCCACAAGGUCAUCAAAGGGUCAUUCACUGCGACGCUGAGCGGCAUUGUAGGGACGGACCGAAAUACGUGGCUGGGCGUGGCCGACAUCAAUAACACGGAUGGCGGGUCACGCGGGGACCGAUACGUUAACCCAAUUGUGAAAAACGUGGCACGCGCAAGGUGACUUGGACGGCCUAAGUAGUCACACAGGUUUUGGUAACCCUUGAGGACUAUAUCUGUUUAGACAUUCUUUUGGCGUUUCGGCGACAUUUUUUUUCCUCUAUCUGCAUUUUUAAAUAAUUGUUUUUCUGGUGAAUAUUUGGCUUAAGAUAACCCAUGUGUUUCUGAACAGAAGUGAUGACGCCGUCUAUACCUAUCCGCCAUAGUGGCUACCCUGCUACUUGACAUUAUUUGAAUAUAACGCACCUGUAUAAAUCCAUACUUUCGUCACCGGUACUGGGGUUACUCACCUGAGUAUUCAUUCUAUCCAGUUUUAUUGAAUUGCGUUUGUGCUUUGGAUGAACUUCGCUGCCACCAAUGAAACCGGCACGCUAUUCAAGCUCGAAUUAUAUUUCCCACGUUGUAUACAAACCCGUGUCUG